UCUGAUUAAAAUGAUACGUACUUCCUGCAUAUUUCUUGGCCUCAUCCUAUCAGAAAUGGCCACAGCCAGACCAAAUACGCCUACAUACACGAAAAUAAGCGAUAACUCACAAAAACAAAAAUCAACGAGAAAAUUAACUGAUACCAUAGAUUCACCUAAGGAAAACUCCUUGGAAAGCGUCGUUCUAGCCAUAGACACAAGUGUCAAAAACUUUAUGGCGGGAAUAACGAAACCUGGCGUUGUUGACGAUUUUGCCAAAAAUAGCGAUAAACCAAUUUACAAACAUUCUGGAAUUGCAAGACAAGACUAUAACAUUACUUACCAUCUACCACGUACAUUUCUGCACUACACAAAGAACGACUGGCAGAGGAUACUGUUAGCAUUAAGUCCUCCCUUUGCAAUUGUAUAAAGCUAAAAUAAAUAAAUGAAUAAAAUUAACAACGAAUUUGAUAAGUCUCAAAUAAA